GGACACGCGAGCUGCAAGCAACAAGCGAUAAGCAAUAAGCGGCAAUCAACAAGCGGCGUGUGCGCAUUGCGGUGUCCACACAGCUGCCUAUGCAGAGCUGCCCCCCCACAGCCACCUAUACAGAACUGCUCCGACAAAACUGCCCCCAAACAACAUGGCCACGAGCACCCUGGCGGAGGAAACCCACUGCUACAACGGAAACAUCAAGGAUGGGCUGUUCCACGGGCACGGAAUUCUGAUGUACUCCCGGAAUGAAAAGUACGAAGGGGAUUUCGUUUACGGGAAGAGGGAAGGCAAGGGAAAGUUUACCUAUGCCGACGGUGCAACCUACGAAGGGGACUGGGUUGACGAUAAGAUCCAUGGGAAAGGAACAGCCAAGUUUGUCAGCGGAAAUGUGUACGAAGGGGAAUGGGACAAUGGAAAGAUAAACGGUUUUGGAAUUCUAAAGUAUAACAAUGGAGACAUCUACGAAGGUGAAUGGUUAGACGGGAAAAUGCAUGGCAGGGGUACCUACACAUAUGAAGAUGGGGAUAUAUAUGUAGGUGAGUGGAAGAAUGAUAAGAGGCAUGGCAAGGGCUGUGUUAAGUACAAAGGGAGUGAAAAUAAAAUCGCAGAGACGUAUGAAGGGGAUUGGUUUGAGGGGAAGAUGCAAGGAAAAGGGACGUACUUUUUUGCUGAUGGAGGGAUAUACGAAGGCGAUUGGAUUGAUGGGAAAAUGGAAGGGAAAGGAGUUUACAAGUUUUUAAAUGGUAAUAAGUAUGAUGGGGAUUGGUCUAAUGAUAUGAAAAAUGGCUACGGCAUAUUGACGUAUGUGAAUGGCGAAAUGUACGAGGGGUACUGGAAGGACGAUAAGGUGCAUGGGAAGGGAACACUCACUUAUAGUAGGGGAGAUAAAUACAUAGGGGAAUGGAAGUUUGCCAAAAAAUCUGGGCAAGGAGAACUGAUUUACGCUUCAGGGGAUAAAUUCAAAGGGGAAUGGAAAAAUGAUAAGGCCAACGGAUUUGGCGUUCUGCUAUACUCCAAUGGGAACAAAUACGAAGGGGAGUGGGUUGAUGACCAGAGACAUGGGUUUGGGACGUUCACUUGCAAGGAAGAUGGUAGCGUCUACGCCGGGCACUUUGCUUUCAAUCGGAAGGAGGGCAGGGGCACGCUGACCUUCGUCGACGGCAACGUGUUGGAGGGCCUGUGGACCAUGGGCGUGCUCACCAAGGUCAGCAAGUUUCAGCUGGCCCCCACUUCGCCCUGGCACGACCCGGACCUGUGAGGGUGCGGUGUAGUGGUGUAGCCGUGGAGCGGCGGAGCGGCCGGCACAGCAGUUCGCACAUCAUUUGCUACGUUGCAGUCUGCCUGGGGUCCGCUUCACCCCGAAGCGUCACUUCAUCAGGGGCCAAGAAGUACCCUCAGGUUUGUC